AUGGCAAAGACGCUCCGACUCGGAGCUCGGCUCCGUUAUCCCAUUACCAUAUCCAAAUUUCUCAAAAACCACGGCGACGAUGUCUCUAAGCAAGAGCCCAUCCUUCGAUAUACCUUCAAGUAUACGCGCAGCGUUGGUGACCCGAGUAAAAACGAAGAGCACGAGAUAGAAGAAACAGGUGUCGCAGAUUGGGACAGCCCUGCCGAGGGCAAGGUUAAACAAUGGCGGGUUAAGAUAGGAGAUGUGAUUAAUAAAGAUCAGGAUCUCGUCACCAUCGAGGAGUCCUGCGGCCACGAAGUACAAUACGCUGGCCUCUGCGCCAUAUGCGGUAAAGAUAUGAAGGAGGCUACCUACGCUAGCGAAUCUCUCGAUACCGAACGCGCUACAGUGGCCAUGGUACAUGAUAAUAUCGCCCUUACAGUCAGCGCGGACCAAGCCGCACGCGCCGAAAUGCAAUUGCAACGUCGAUUGCUCCAAGACCGCAAACUCAGUCUUGUUGUCGACCUGGACCAGACGAUUAUCCACGCUUGCAUCGACCCUACCGUAGGUGAAUGGCAACGCGAUCCAUCCAAUCCCAACUACGAAGCUGUUAAAGAUGUGCGCAGCUUUCAGCUCGACGACGGCCCCCGUGGUGUGGCCAGUGGCUGUUGGUAUUACAUUAAGAUGCGUCCAGGCUUAGCCGAAUUUCUCGAAAGGAUAUCCCAGCUAUUCGAGCUACAUGUUUAUACAAUGGGCACGCGCGCAUACGCUCUCAACAUCGCCAAGAUUGUUGAUCCGACACAAAAACUCUUCGGUAACCGGAUCAUUAGCCGAGACGAGAACGACAGCAUAACAGCCAAGAGUCUACAACGAUUGUUUCCCGUCAGUACCAACAUGGUCGUGGUUAUCGACGAUCGAGCCGACGUCUGGCCACGGAAUAGGUCGAACUUAAUCAAAGUCACUCCAUAUGAUUUCUUCACGGGCAUUGGAGAUAUCAACUCCAGCUUCCUACCUAAACGUGAAGAUAUAAUAGCCGCACCACCACCCCCCGAGACGAAGCCGGUCAAUGGCAACACCGCGCGACCAAAUGUGAACGGAAGCGAUACAGCAACAAAUCCCGUACCAGAUCACGAAAAAGCAUUAGCUAAUGGCAACGACGAAAAUGCGAUUCUACAAUUACGAGCAGAAGAGCAAGAACGCACCCUUGAGAAACAGCUCAAGGAUCGUCCCUUACUUCAUCUGCAAGAAGAGUUGGAUAAAGUGGAUGAGGAGACCGAGAAGUCGGUAGAGAACGGUGAUAGUCCAGAACCCUCUACAAAUGGAGAGUCGGAAAGUCCAUCACACCAACGACAUAAACUUUUACGCGAUGACGAUAGAGAACUUAAAUUUCUCGAACGGCAUCUAGCUAAGCUUCAUCAUUCGUUUUACGAACAAUACGACGCUCGAUGUGCGAAUCGCCGGCCUGGUGACAUCGUACCGGAUGUGAUUCCAGAUGUAGGAUCAACCCUGAACUUUCUCAAGUCGCAAAUUCUUAAAGGCACGAAGCUUGUGCUUUCUGGACUAGUCCCGUUAGACGUCGACGUUCGUAGAAGCGAGAUUGGAAUGCAAGCCGAAAGUUUUGGCGCCGAGAUCCGGACACGCGUGAGCGAUGAAGUUACCCAUCUGAUCAUUAACAUCACACGCCCGCGGACUCAAAAGGUCCGCCAGGCGGCACGCAUCCCUACGAUCAAAAUAGUCAACCAAAACUGGCUUGCAGAGUCCAUCGCACAGUGGGCGAGGCUUGAUGAGACGCCGUAUCUCAUACAAAUACACCCUGCCGAUCGAAAUGCCGAAACACCGUUAGAAGAAGGCUCAGCUUCGCCUCCCCGACCGAAAAUCACCAUCGUCACCUCAGGUCGCCAACUAUUCGAAGAGCAAAUGAACGACGCUGCCGAUGAUGGCGACGCGGAUGGUUCAGGGGAUGACGACGAAGAGGAGGAUGAAGACGAUGAGGAAGAAGACGAUGACGAAAACGACGACGAAGAGUUCCACGACAGAUACAAUGUAAUGCCGCCGGAUAUCGGAGACGGUCAGCACAGUCCUAUAGACGAUCUCGAUGGAAUGGAGUGGGGAGAUGUCGAUAAGGAGCUCGAGGAGUUCAUGGGAUCGGAUAUGGAUGACUCGGAUUUCGAAAGCACGCAGGGGACGGACCACGGUACGGAUACGGAGUCGGAGGAGCCUAAGAGUAAAAAGCGUAAGCUAGGCGAUGAGGAUGAUGAAGAUGAUGGUAGCGAGGAAGCUGGAGGAAGUGUGUUAGCCAAGAAACAGCGCAUCGCGAAAGCGAGAACUACGGGUCUUCGGAAUGUUAGAAACGCUACAGACGAGGAGGACGAAGAGGAUAGUGGGUUGCCUACGCCGAUGGGUACGGGCGACGAAGAAGAUGCGGCUCGCGAAGCAAAUGUUAAGGGUAAUGGAGAAGCUAGCGGCGAUGACGACGACGACUUUGCCGACCUGGAAGCCGAACUAGAAGCUGAAUUACAAGCAGCAGGCGAAGGUGGUUGA